AUGAUGUUCAGCAAGACAAUCUGUGCGCUGUGUGCGGCGGCUGUGGCGCUCUCGGCUAGUGCAGUGGACGCGUCUACCGAGGUGGCGCAGACGUACGGGCGUCUGCACCAGAACCACGACGGGUAUGGCAAGACCGACGGCUACGACAAGCGCGACGCAUACGGCAAUCGGAACGUCUACGGCAAGAACAACGGGUACGGCAAGCGAGACGGGUAUGGCCAACAAGACAGUGAUGACUCGCUCGAUAGCUACGACACGCGUGGGGCGUAUGGCAAGCAGAAUGGCUAUCGCAGCAACGACGACUAUGGCAGGCGUGACGGGUACGGCGGCGCGGCGGUGGGUAUCAACGCCGCCGCGGGGCUCCAAGCUGGCGCAGGUGUGAGUGCCAGAGGCUACGGCAGAGCUGGCGUCGGACUCAAUGCGGGUGCUGGCUUAAUCGCUGGUGCUGGUCUCAACGCUGGAGCGGGACUGAAUGCCGGUGCCGGACUCAACGCCGGUGCCGGUCUCAAGGCUGUAGCGGGACUGAAUGCCGGUGCCGGACUCAACGCCGGGCGGGACUCAACGCUGGAGCGGGACUCAACGCUGGGGCGGGACUCAACGCAGGUGCAGGAGUCAAGACUGGUGCGGGAAUCAACGCCGGUGCCGGUCUCAACGCUGGAGCGGGACUGA